CCUCUUACAUUUAGACAGCAUCGUUAUGUUGCGCGAGCCCUAUUCUGAUCUGCCGAAGACAUUUGAAUAAUGCAUAAUAAUGCGUGCUGGAUAUGCGAUACACGCGUUCCCGAAAAUACUAUUUUGGUAUUUAGGAACUGAUAUGGGGAUUUACUGGUCAUCAUGUUCUGCGCGUCUGCGAAGAGAUUCUGCAGGACUGAAAAUCCAUGAUGCAAUCCCAAUAGAUUUAAUAUUUUCACGUUUUACCUAGCUUUUUGUCGUUGUCAUCAUCAUUUCAGAGCAUUGUAACCCGAUGAAUUUGAUUCAGUGAAAGAUGUUUCAUCAUGGUGAUAAAGAAGGCAAGAAAUCUGCGUUUGGACAUCCUGUCUACGGCCAGAUUGUUCUCUCGAUUAUCCUCCUCCCUCCUUUUCUGGUCACCGCCUUCCCGGUUAACACAGUAGUGGAGCAGUUCUGCAAGGAUCCUGGUGUUCCUGAGCACGGAAUCAGAACUCCAAGCAGCGGUGUGUUCUUUGAAAACUCGGUUGCCAGGUUCUCUUGUGUGGAUGGUUAUAGCUUAAAGGGGCCAGCCAAGAUUAUCUGCACGCGCUUCCAUAAUGGAUCGGCAGGCUGGAAACCAAGCCUUAAACCAGUGUGCCUUUCGGAAGAUUGUCUUCCUCCAUUCAUCGAGGAUGCUGAUGUCACAAAUAAGACGUACAGGCCUGGUGACAGCCUCAUUAUUAGCUGUCAUGAGGGAUUUCAGAUCCGAUACCCUGACACAGAAACUAUGGAAUCAGUCUGCCAGGCAGAUGGGACAUGGGAUAAUCAGCCAACCUGUCAAGGCUGCCUCCGGCCGCUGAUACCUCCACACAGUUACAUGAACAUCUCAGAAACAGAGUUCUCUGUGCCUGUUGGGACUGUGGUCCACUACCAGUGUUUUCCUGGAUACAAGUUGGAGGGACCUGAACUUCUGGAAUGCAUGUAUAACCUCAUCUGGUCGAACACGCCACCCCAGUGCCUUGAUGUUGAGGCAUGCUCUUUACCCCCGAUGAUAGAACAUGGAGAUUACAUGUGCCACCCACAGCCAUGUGACCGCUACAUUCAUGGGACGGUCGUAGAAUACUACUGUUAUCCCGGCUACUCUUUAGCGAAUGACUACAAGUACAUCACCUGCCAGUAUGGACAAUGGUUUCCACAAAUGCAGUUUUACUGCAUCAAAGAUGAGACAACAUGGCCUGGUUUUCAAGACUCUCUACUAACCACAUGGAAAGUAGUGGCUUGUACAGCCACUAGUGUGCUGCUAGCUCUGCUCUUGGUGAUCACAGGCAAGAUGUUCCACUUCAAAUGCAAAUCCCAGCAAAGUCCAAGUGAAGAGCAAGAUGAAAGCCGAGAUCCUAACAUCUUGGUUGUAGAUGGUGUUGCUGUACCACUUCCCUCUUAUGAAGAGGCUGUUAGUGGUACCUACUGUCAGCCCCCAAACGAUCUGCCCCCUGCUGGUCUGGGGAGCUCACAGCAUUCAGAAGAACAAAACCCACCUUCAUAUCCCGGGCAUACAGGGAGUCAUAAUGGUGUGCCCUUGGACACUGGUGAGGCUGAGACCUGUGAUAGCAUCUCGGACACAUCAGAAUGUCUUCAAGGCAUACAGCCAUCUUCUUCCCAUGCUGGUGGACUCAAUAACAUGUCUGAGAGAACCAAUGCCAUCACCUCUAUGGAGGAGACCGCCUCCACAAGCCCCAGCAUAGACAUUGCAGAUGAAAUUCCUCUCGUGGAGGAUGGUGAAGCGGACUGCUGAUUGAUUACCUUUAACUGAAAAUGGGACACUUGAGAUUGUUUCACUCCACUGUUGGUUAUUUCAUUGUUCAUUUCUGAUUUUGUUGAACAACAUGGCACAGGCCAAAUUACUGCUCAUAAGGAAUUAUUGCACACUUAUAUUUAAUGAAGAGCACACCAGGGAAGGAUAGGCAAUAAAAAAAUAAUAAUCAAAAACUAAAUAAAUUACCAUUUCCUGCUCAUGAAGGAACUAUGCAGUAGACCAUAGCAUAUUGUUAAUUUAACUUUCCCACAAUACAUAGCAUCUAAGUACUAUCAAUUAUUUUUCUUGUGACUUUCACUUGGCAACCGUGCUGCAU